CCUGGUAUCGCCGGGACCGCGCCAGCCACGCCAGCCACGCCAGCCACGCGCCAGGACCAAGAGCAAGCCGAGUGGAGCCGCCUCGCCGCUUCGGCUUUCGGUCGACAGAGUCGACAGUCGAGGCCCCGCCGCAGGCCAAGCCGAAGCCAAGCGAAGCGCCAACGCGAGCCGCAGUGCCCCCGACGCCGACCGCGACGCGUGCCAAGCUAGCCUUCCUCAAGACGCCGCCGUCGUCGCCGUGCUCGCCGUCGCCCGCCGCUGGAAGUGCUCGCCGUCUCGCCGUCGCGUCGCGCUGCACCACUUCACCGCGUUCCAGACGUCCGCGACGCCCGGCGUCCGAGUCCACAUUGCCUUGCUGUGGUGUCGGGGUGGCUGGUAGGCCCACAGACAUGGCGGCAGCGUACGUCGUGGUGGCGGUGGCGGUGCUCGGCGGGGGCUAAGCCUCGGGCUGAGCAGCAGCCGCAGCAGCGCCGGCAGCAACAAGGCCCUGCCCUUCCACGACGAGUCCACCGAGCCCCACCGAGCCCCACUCCGCCGCCUCGGCGUCCGAGGCGCAAAAGUCAACACGAACCAAGCGGGCCGAAGAAGGAGGCGUUCGGAGCGAGCGAGAGGCAAGAGGCAAGGAGAGAUAAGGGUGUUGCGCCUCCCUCCCUCCCCCGCCGCGCCCCGCCCCGCCCCGCGCACCAAGCCCCGGCACCGAGCAGGCGUGAGUCGAGCGUGAUGCCGGCAAUGACUCGGAAGAGGACGACAGUGCAGCGGCAGCAGCGCUAGUGGGGCUCACCGACGUCACCGCCAGCGACACCCUCCGUCACCAUGGGAACGGCGACGACGCCGCGCGAGCUCAACGGGGCAACCACCCACGUCGCCAUGAACACGGACAUCGACGUGGACAGCGUCGCGACGCCCUUGACCAGGUUGGCGAACGGCAACGGCAACGGCGUCAACGGCGUCCACGAGGAUCACGAGGCCCGCACCCCCGCCGGCGUUCAGCGAUGGACCGGCGCGCGGCACUUCCUCACCCUCAUGCUGUUCCUGGGCAUGGCCAACGCCUACGUCAUGCGGACCAACAUGUCGGUGGCCAUCGUGGCCAUGGUGAACCAGACGGCCCUGCCGAAGGCCGAGGAGGCCGUGGACGAGGAGUGCGGCGCCGUGGGCAGCGCCAACGCCAGCGCGGUGUUCAACGACCCCGAGGAGGACGGCGAGUUCAUGUGGGACACGCAGACGCAGAGCUUCAUCCUCAGCUCCUUCUUCUACGGCUACGUCCUCACCCAGAUCCCGUUCGGCAUCAUGGCCAAGAAGUACGGCGCCAAGUACUUCCUGGGCGUGGGCAUGCUGGUCAACUCGGUGUUCGGCCUGCUGGUGCCCGUGUCGGCGCGCUGGGGCACGCUGCCCCUCAGCAUCGUCCGCUUCGUGCAGGGCUUGGGUGAGGGCCCCAUCGUGCCGUGCACGCACGCCAUGCUUGCCAAGUGGAUCCCGCCCAGCGAGCGCAGCAGGCUGGGCGCCUUCGUGUACGCCGGGGCGCAGUUCGGGACGGUCAUCUCGCUGCCGCUGAGCGGGCUGCUGUCGCGGUACGGCUUCGCGGGCGGCUGGCCCUCCAUCUUCUACGUGUUCGGCGCCGUGGGCACCGCCUGGUCCAUCGCCUUCCUCAUCUGGGUGCACGAGGACCCCGACGUCCACCCCCGCAUCCGGGACGCGGAGCGCAAGUUCAUCACGGGCUCGCUGGGCGGCGAGAAGAAUGAGCAGACUCCCCCCAUCCCGUGGAUGUCGGUGCUCAAGUCCAUGCCCUUCUGGGCCAUCCUGGUGGCGCACAUGGGGCAGAACUACGGCUACGAGACGCUGCUCACGGAGCUGCCCACCUACAUGAAGCAGGUGCUGCACUUCAGCAUCAAGCACAACGGCACCCUGUCCGCGCUGCCCUACCUCGCCAUGUGGAUCUUCUCCAUCGUGGUGAGCGUGGUGGCGGACUGGAUGACGUGGCACAAGGGCGUCUCGCUCACCAGGACCAGGAAGCUGCUCAACAGCAUCGGCAUGUUCGGGCCCGCGCUGUCCUUGGUGGCGGCCUCGUACACCGGCUGCUCCGCGCUCCUCACCGUCGCGCUGCUGUCCAUGGGCGUGGGCCUCAUGGGCGGCACCAUGAGCGGCUACCGGAUCAACCACCUGGACAUCUCGCCGCGCUUCGCCGGCAUCCUCAUGAGCCUCACCAACUGCAUCGCCAACGUGUUCGCCCUGCUCGCGCCGCUCAUCGCCGGCUUCAUCGUGGAGGGCAAGCCCACACAGGCCGCCUGGAGGGUGGUGUUCUUCAUCAGCGCCGCGGUGUACGCCGCCACGGCCUGCUUCUACCUCGUCUUCGCGUCCGGCGACGUCCAGGAGUGGGACGACCCGGACAAGGACGCGUACCAGGCCGUGGAGGUCGGCGUCAACGGCCAGGAAGCGCGGCGGCGGAGCCGGCGGGACAGCCAGCUGGAGCAGGCCGAGACGCAGCUGCAGUCGCCCUAGACCCUGGUCGUGGUGGCGCGAGGCACGCCACCGAGGCCCUGCUCCUCCGGGGCCCGCCAGGCGCAGCCAGGCGCCACCGCCACGCCGCCACGCGGAGGAUUCCUCCAAGCCAGUGGCACGGCGUGCGGACGAGCUGCUUGGCUGCAUCGUGCGCUGCUUGUUGUCGCGGGCGUGGCGCGAGCGUGUAGGCCGCUGCCGCGCUGCCGCAGCACCGAGCUGCAGACUGCAGACAUGCAGCGCACAGCGCUUCGCCGCGUCGCCAAAGCCUUAUCCGGCCAAAGCCUUGCCCUUGCGCCCUUGCGGCGUAUCGGCCCGCUCCGCGUGCCCUGCCCAGCGAUGCGCAGAGUCUGCCGUUCGUGACAGCCGUCCACCCCCCAGUCCCCCCCCCCCUCUCCCCCGCGCUCCCGGAGGCCCCGAGCGCCCCGACCCCCCGGACCCCCCGCCAGUGCUGUGAUGAGGCGUGAAUUGGGCGCUGGCGCCCGGCCUGUUUGCUUCACGUCGAGAAGGAGAGAACGACGGACUGUUUGUCCUCGAGCACAACCAAGCCUUGGACGAGUGGGACGACUCCCGGGCCCACCCGGUUGGCCGCCAGACUGCGCUACUGAAGUGACUCGUGAUGUUGAUGGGGGUGAAAUGCAUAGCUUAAUUUUGCAGUCAGAGCUAGGUAGAAACUUCAUGUAUACGUAGUAUGCAAAUAGCAACUAAGUAAUUUGUGUGUAUAUAGACUUUAGUGUAUGAGUAACUCUUUCUGCUAAUGAUACAUGAAAAUUCAGUGCCUAAAUCAUGUUUCUGUGAUUGUAGUUGAAACAGCCGAGUUGUUUGUAAGGUGUAAGAUGGCAGAGUAUUGUUUUGUGUUCUUCCAGCAAAAAUGCCAAUCUCACACUGAAAAGCGAUCAAAGUCGAGGUACAACUUGACCUUCGAUUUAGAGUAAUUAUUUUCAUUUUUCAUCAUGUAAGAGGCAUUGAGGGUUUACAACUCUAUGAUCCCUGGAGCCUAAUAUGGACAGCUUAUUUUCAUUCAUUGUAACUAUUUACUAUCCAUCCCAGUUUUAAGAAAACUCAUCUCAAAGGCAGAAGCUUUGAAGCUUUCGCAUCUGAAGGAAUACUCUUUUAAACCUAAGAUUACUUUGGUUCUAAUUUUGUAAAUGAAUGUGUAGCUCAAUGAAAACACAACCAAAUGCUCAAGAUUUUUGUGAUAUGUCUUUUACUGGACCAUCAAUAACUCAAUGAAUGAUGAUUAUAGGAAAUAGGGAAAAGAAUGGAAAGUUCUAUUCAGAUUGUGACCUGAAGUCAAGUUUUAAUCAUGAGACAACACAUAUCAGAGAAUGUACAUUGAUUUUGUGAUCAGUAAAUCUAUUUUACAUAAACAGAGCCAAGCAUUCAAAAUUAAAUAAAGGCAUUCCAUAUUUUAUA